UACAAUAUGCUUAACGACGACAACAACAAAACAAUCGAAACAUGUUUUGCUGUUACCAAACAUUAGUUUUAAUUUAAUUAGUUUAGUUUUAUAAAGUAAAAACAAAAUAAAAUAUUAACAAAAAAAAUGUUGGCAAAUUUGAAUAAAACUAAAAAUUUACUUUAUCGCACCUAUACAACAAAAGCGAAAAGAAGUUUACUGAAACAGGAUCAAACUAAAAUAAAAGUUAUUGAAACAAAACCUUCAAAUCCUCAUAAGGAACGUGUAUACUCUUGGGGCUACCAGGAGACGGGUGCCUUAGGGAUACAAACCAGUGUUAAAAAGGCCCAAGAACGCUACACUAGCAUGGUGCAUCAUCCCACUCGCAUGCAGUUCUCGGUGAAUAAUGAAGUUAUUGAUGUAACGGCUGGCUAUGGCUUUUCUGCCUUUGCGGUCAAGCGUUCAGAUGGUGAAACAUUAUUUGGUGCCGGUUUAAAUACCGAUUCACAAUUAGGCUUACAAGUGAAAGGCACUCGCAAUGAUCCCAGAAAUUUAGAUGUUAUCAUUUAUCCCACGGCCAUAAAAUUACCCCGCAUAGAGGGGGAGACAGACGAAGAUAUGUUAGUAAAAUGCAUGUCUGCAGGAAGAGCUCAUUUAGUGGUGGUUACCAAAAAUGGCACCAUUUUUACCAUGGGCAAUAAUGCCUAUGGACAGUGUUGUCGUGAGAUAAUAGAAGAUGAAGCCUAUAAGGGAAGCUCCUUAAUAUAUCGUCUAUCACAGAAGGAUAUUUGUGGCGAGGAAGAUGAAAUUAUAGAUGUGGUAUGUGGACAGGACCACACCAUGUUUUUAACACAAAAUGGGCGUGUUUAUACCUGUGGCUGGGGAGCAGAUGGUCAAACGGGUCAAGGACAUUAUGAGACGUCAGGACGAAUAUCACAGGCUUUGGGUGAUAUUUCCAAAGAACAUAUAGUUAAAUUGGCCUGCUCUUCGGAUUGUGUUUUAGCCCUUAAUGACAAAGGCGAAGUGUUUGGUUGGGGCAAUUCUGAAUAUGGCCAAUUGGAUGACUCUGAAAAUGCAGUUACACAAAUAAACACCCCACAAUAUCUGAAACUAACUCAAGGUAUAGGUAAACUAAAAGACAUAGCUGCCGGUGGCUCCUUUUGUAUGGUCCUCAACGAGGAGGGUCUAGUAUAUACUUGGGGUUUUGGUAUUUUAGGCUUUGGUCCCUAUGUAGAGCAAACAUCUAAGCCACAACAUUUGCUGCCACCGCUCUUUGGCCGCAAUGAUUUCAGCGACAAGACCUAUGUGACCUCAAUUGGUUGUGGUGUCUUCCAUAUGGGUGCUAUUAAUUCCGACGGUGAUCUUUUUAUGUGGGGUAAAAAUCGUUUUGGACAUUUGGGCUUGGGCCAUAAACAAGAUCAAUUUUUCCCGCUGAAGACGGCUGUUAAUGGAAAGGUGACAAAAGUGGCGUUUGGUGUUGAUCAUACAUUGGCCAUGUGCAAACCGUUUAUGUAAAAAACUUUAAUGUUUAGUUUAAUUUAUGUAUUUGUUAUAGAUUAAGAUAUAAAAUGUAUUUAGUACAUAAAAAUAUAAAUUACUGUAAAACGAAUGGAAACAAAUUCCAUCUAAAUUCUUCGUUAGCCCUUUUAGAGCGGGUUUUUGAGUUGGCAAUCAAAUGUAAAUUAAUAAUCAGAUUAGUUAAUCUCAAAAUAAAUUUAAUCUGAUGUAAAUCCCCUUUGAUGUUGUUGCCACACAAACCAGAAAAUAUCACUGUUUGUUAUCAAAAAAAUGCAUGUUUUAUAAAAAAGAAGAAGACUACUCUAAGAAGGGAUUUUAGAGUUGACAAUCAAAUGCCAAAUAAUAAUCAGAUUAGUUAAUCUAAAAAAAAUUAAUUCUGAUGUUAAUCCUCUUUGAUGUUUUUGUGUACAAGAUUAAACUUCGCAGUAUUGAAAUAAAGAACAGAAGAAAUCGUCACUGUUUUCUAUCAAAACAAUGAAGAAGAAGACAAUUGAAAAUGUAAUAUUAAAAUUAAUGAAAACUUAAAUUUAAAACAAAAAAAUCUCACAACAGUUAAAGAAUAAGUGUUGCCACUUCCAAUAAUUUAAUAUUUUAUAUUUAUUUCAUUAUAUUUAAUUUCAUUUUAUUAUUUGCAAAUAUAUAAAUGUGUCCUAAUCAGAUAAACAAUUCCGAUUUUAAAUAUAUUUGCUUUCAAAAUCCAUCUUUUCAAUCUCUGGCAAUACGUUUUUAUUAAAAAUCGUUGAAAAAUUACGGCUAACGGGCGAUUUUAAGCCGCGGCUGACAUUUUUAAUUGUCAGCCGUCGUUAAUAAUAUUUGUCGGCGCAGAUCUCUGCGAUACCAACUAAAAAGACAUAGAAAACGACAAAAAGAGAAAGACAGAUGCAAAAGAAAUUGAACGAAUAAAGGUGUCUGAGUGAUUCGCGUAUUGGAAAAACUUCAGAAAAAUUAUAAAAUAUUAAAAAAAGUGUAAAAAAUAUACAGAAAAACUUUAAUACUAAAGCCAAAUUUUAUUUGUUAAGAAUAAGUGAAAAUAAUUUAACUAAAGAAGAACUAUUUAUUGUGCAAUUGGA